CGCUUGUUGGUGCCGGAGCGACUCGACGCCCAACUUGCAAGAGUUCUCGAAAUUUUCCCCAGUUUUCACCAGACCACGUCGCCUGAGGGAGCCAUGGCCACGUUAACAGAACUCGCAGACCUAGACAGCGGCGUGGCAAGCAGCGAGGCGACGCCAGAGAGUCAGACGACGGCGGAGGAGACUGCGAAGGCCGUCGGAAAAGCGGUGGAGGCUGCGGCGGCUCAGGUGUCGUCUGCUGAGGAGAAGGAGGUGUCCACGCUUCCCGAGGACGGGACGGGACGAGGACGGGAUUUUGAUGAAAGCUUUGCUGAGAGAGUAUGGGGCCUCACAGAAAUGUUCCCAGAAUGCCUCCGCACGGGUAGCGCCAACGCAGUUUCAUCCUCUGUCAGAUUAGUAAAAGGUGCUUAUGACCUAAGCCGACAGGUUGUGUGGAUAGCAGUAAGCACAUCAAUCCUCCUGUUUGCUCCUGUAAUGUUUGAGAUAGAAAGACUUAAUGUAGAAGAGAUGAUGAAGCAGGAUAGAAACAGGCUCGUUCUUGGUCCAGGCUCAGCAAUGUCAGGUGGACCUCCUGCAGCUCCAGGACUAAUGCCACCCCCUCCUACUCGCUAAUACGACUGGCUCCUCCUCUUUUGUGCUCAUCAGUCCCCCUGUUGUUAUUAUUCUGUAGACUUUUUGAAUGGCUGUGUGGAUGCUUAGAACUGUGGAAAUAUUAUUUAAAGCCAUUUCAAGUUAAUAUGAAAGAAAAUUCCCUGUCAUCAUGAAGUUGCUUGUGACCACUUAAAUUUUGAAUUGCCAAGAUAGUUUAUUGAGUACUGUGGUCGCUAGAAAGAUGUGAAAUAAACUGAAACUGUACAAUACAUUGGACCAACAGUUAUAGGUAGCUUAUUUUUCCACAUUCUUCCUGGAUUAUUUGUUUGAGAGUGUAUCAUUGCAAAAUAGUGUCUGUUACAUUGUAUAGUGUUAUAUUUUCCUUUACAGAGGAAAAUCACUCCCAAAAAGUAAUGUUUACUAAACUUCAUAUUAAUAUGAAUUUAUUUACUGGAAUGGCAUGUAUGUAUAGUAAAUUUAUGUAUGUGCAGUUACUUCAUUUGUACAUAUGUGAAUAAACAUAACCUAUUUUUAGGUAUUAUGUUACAGUAUUUAUACUGUUAAAUCUUAAAGAUGUCCAGGAUUGAUACCUGAAUGUACUAAAAAGAUUGAUAGAUAGACUGGUAGUUGAUUGGUAGAGGUGUAUUUACUUGUGUUCUUUUGAAAUAAGUAUGUAGACUUGGACAUGUGAUGUAUGAACAGAUUUUUUGUAUAAAGAAUUAAUCAGAAGAGAUGCUAUUGUAAACUGCUUCAAGCCAAUAAAUUUGAAAAGGGAC